AGGUGUUCGUCUUCACGGCGCUGCAGAUCAGCCUGAUCAUGUUCCAGGUCUCCGGCAUCCAGUUCCUCUGGGUCCGCUUCUUCACUAGCGUGUGGGGCCUCAGCAAGAACUGGGUGACGAUGGCCUACCUCCUCAUCGCCGGGGGCUUCGGCGGCAUCGGCAUCGCUGUCGGGCCGGCCUACAUCGACAGGUACGGAGGCUACGGGGCGCCGCCGGGCGUGGUGGCGUCCAUCAUAAAGUUGAGGAGCUUCGCGCGCGCCUCGGCGCUGUGCGGCGUCCUCGGCCUCAUGUUCGUGUACUUCAAGGGUGCGGACCGCCCAGAUAUCGUGGACACGACGCGGGUCGGCGGGGUCGACAACUGGCUGGUGCUCCUCUUUGCCGCCGUCGGCGUCCUGCACCUCUUCCUGCAGGCCUCCGUCCCCGCCCUGUGCGGCAUAAACAUGGAGGUGGUCCACGAGGACAUGCGGGCCUUCUCCUCCGGCGCGGAGAUGACCCUGCGGAACAUCCUCGGCCUCGCGGGCGGGCCCCUGCUGCCGUCGCUCUUCAUGACCGUGAUCGGGAUCACGCAGGGCUGGGACAGCACCGAUCCGGACGAUGAGAGGGCCCUGCUCCUGAACGGGAUGGGGUUCACCCUCUCCCUGAACGUCGCGGGCGUUUUCAUCAUGGGGCGAGCCGUCACGGAGGCCUGCCACGCGCUGGAGAAGUCGCGGGAAUUGGCGAUGAAGUCGCUUCAGGACGCUUUCAACGAGCAGGACCUGCCCGCCCUGGAGCGGGCGCUCGCGGUGUGCAAGGCCGUGGAGCUGCAGCACGUUGACGGCGGCCUGGCCGUCAUGACGGCCGCCAUCGAGUUCCGCGGAGCGGUGCGCAGGAGACCGACGGCAGCCGCGAGCCCCUCGCGCGACGUGUUCGUCGACCUCGAGGGCGAGGCUUCAUUCGAGCUGCUGAAGGCGCACGCCAUGAGUAAGGAGGACCUCUGCCGGCGAGCCGUGGAGCUGGAGAGGAGCCUGAAGGAGCUGCGAGAGACCAUGCUCGAGCUCCAGGACGAGAACCUCAGCCUGCGCCGACGCGCCGGCAUCGCCGGCGCCGCGUGCGACGGGCUCGAGAGCCUCGAGGCCGGAGGCGCCCCGAGCGGCGGCCGCGCACGAGGCGGCGCUGCGCCGCGGGGCGGCGGGGGGCCCGGGCCGCCCUUGGGGGCAGGCGGGCGCUGCGGUUCGCAGCAGGCGGCCUGCGGGGGCUGCAGCGGCCCGCUGCGGUGGCUGAUGGGGCCCUGCCGACCGGGCGAGGGCUGACCCCCCCGCGGCUGCGGCGCCUCCUGGGCGAGGCAG